AUGUUUUUGGCACUUUCAAUGUUGACCUUACCGUUUUGCUUCGCCGAUUCGUUCCAUUCAUGCUGGAUAAUAAUACUAUUAUCUGUUUCAAGAGAAAUUCGUCGCGAGCGUCGUCAUCUACAGCGAUAUCGAAGUCGAGCGAAAAGAAGUUUUGAUGCGAUGCAGUUUGAUGUGGACAACUACCAUACAUAUGAUGAGGUUGCAUUCAACAUAAUGGUAGAGUUCAUGCAACUAUUAUCUAAACAACAUCCUGAUCUCGUUACCUUGUUAAAUGUAUCUAGAACUUUUGAAGGACGUCCUAUGUAUGGCGUGAAGGUACGAGUUUGCAGCAAGAAAACUUGCCUAAUUUCGUCUUCUAAUAGGUAUAAACCAGCAAUAUUUGUUGAUGCUGGAGUACAUGCACGCGAAUGGGCUGCACCCGCCGCUGCUUUGUGGAUGAUCAAAAAGGUGCUUGUUUCUGCAUAUGGAAAAGAUCCAGUCAUAACGAGAAGUGUGGACAAGUUCGAUUGGUAUAUAAUUCCUGAAGCGAAUCCGGACGGCUAUGAGUACAGUCGUGUUUCGGAUCGAUUAUGGCGCAAAACUCGAUCUCGUAAUAUUACUGUGAAUAAAUGGUGUGUAGGAGCUGAUGCUAACCGUAACUGGGGACAUCGUUGGGGUGAAGCGGGCGCCAAUCGUUCCCCAUGCUCCAACAUCUAUGCAGGCAGUCGUCCAUUUUCUGAACCGGAAAUUGUUGGUAACGGAAUGCGGCAAAAAUUGCUGUCGAUGCUAUGCGAAACGCGACGGGAGCAGAGUACAAGUAUGGAACGAUUGCCGAAUCCUGCAUCGGGCACGAGUAUCGAUUAUAUGCAAGAUCGUGGAGUACCAUAUAUUUUCGGAGUUGAAUUACGACCGCUGGACUCACAUGACACCUAUGGUUUCAGCUUACCGCCGCAACUUAUAAAACCAACAGGUGAGCGAACCACGAGAUAUUUGCUGCUUUGUCUGUCGUGCAGUGAUAGCCAUGGAGGGAGUUGA